CUUUGUUUUUGUCAUUUUUUUAUCUGGUUUAUUCAAAUGAAAUGAUGAAGGGCAUAGGAAUAUAGGAUGGGCUAUGCACUUGGAGUACAGUAAUGGAUGUCAACACUUCUCCAGAACCGGCACCUUAAACUCCUCGAAGGGUUUCAUAUGAAUGAAUGGGGUAUUCCCAUUAGAAAGAAAGAGCCGCUAUUAUUCUGUAGCACCAGAAAGCGAAGAUGGUAAACAAGUCCUGGAAAAUUAUUCCCCGGCCUCUCAUGGAGGCUGUCCUCAGCAACCAUGCCCAGCAGCACCGCGUCCAUCAGCCCCUCAUUCUCCAUGGGCCUCGUGGAGUUGGCAAAACCACUCUCAUCCUUGAACGUCUUUUCAACAAAUGGAACAGCGACCCUCAUGUCACAGGCUAUGUGGACUUUGCCAAACACAUAAGAGAUCACCACCCAGCACAUGGCCAAUCUUUCCCAUGGGAUUCUUGGUCUAACUGCCCGCCUCCAUCGCUGCCUGAACUCCGGGCCCAACUAGAGAGCUGCCUCGAAUCAUUGGCUUUGAAAGGCAUUAAGCUCUGCACAAUAAGCUCUCACCAGAUAUUCACAACUCUUAACAAGUGGCACGGACUCACUGCAGCUCUUAAGCAGAUCUUGAGUGCUGAUGACCAGUCAAAUCCCAGAAUGCGUGUGUCCACUAGGGUUCCAUCGGCAUUGAAUUUGUGGGAAAGGGCGGUAUUGGUGGCAUCUUCUCGACUAAAUGCUGAGGAGCUUGGCGGAUUAGAUGGGGUGGAGGAGGAGGGGUCAUAUAACAGGGAGUCAUUAGCAGCUUUGAAGCUGGCCAAGGUAGUAAUGAGGCUGCAACAGAAGUGGAGAAGUAAUGCAGUUAAGCAUUUAAAUCAGACUGGUGGGUUUUCAAGGUCCUUGGCGAAUUCUGCUACCGACUGGCCAUGUUUGCUGCUUGAACUCUUGUCUUCAGCAGCCGAAGUUGGCUAUUUUCAGCCAAAGUUGGUUAUAAAUAACAUUGAAAUUCUAAAGAAUGCUGUACUAGUAGAUGAUUCUUCGGUCUGUGCAUCCAUGUAUCAUGAUAGCUUGAUAUGGAGAAUAAUAGCCUUGGGUGCGAAUGAGAGAUGUCUCCCGAUUGUUCUUGUCACCUCAGAUAGCUAUUACUCGUAUCGUGCUUAUAUGGACUUCGGUUUUCCCGACAUUUUCAUCUCCCGCGAGACAUUUGGAUGGACUCCUGCAGAGGCUAAAAUACAUCUGGCUGGUCAGUUUUUCAGCCAGUCUGAGUUGGAUGUAAUUGUUGAAGUUUUAGGAUCAAACCCAAGGCACCUCUUUGAGCUUUACGCACUGAAACUAAGUAGCUCUUUUCAGAAGUAAGUAUGGUUGUAUGCAACAUUAUAUGUCUUGUUAUUGCAAAAUGAUCUUGUGGUUCUUAUUUAACAUUUCACUCUGCUUGAAGCAGUAGCUCCUGUGGAGGAUAUACUGUGAGAAGCUAGACUGAGGUGAUUUGGUCACAUAAGGAGAAGAAGUUCGGAGGCUCCAGUGAGUAGAGGAGAUGCGAGAGACUUGCAGUAGUGGGUGCGAUUAGGGAUAGGGGUUGACCUAGGAAGAAUUGGAAAGAGAUGAUUAGACAAGACUUACGACUUAAGGAUCUUACUGAGAAUAUGACCUUAAAUAGGAAUGUUUGGAGAUUUAGGAUUAGAUUAUCUAGGUAGUCCUUUGUGCUUUAGUUUGUAGUUUACAAAGUUGUGUUUUUUCCAUCAUCUGUAGCAUGCAUAUGUCUGCUUUCUUUGCUUUGAGUCUUGUUGCUAGUGUCGUUUGUGCAUGUUUUGUGAUUUUGCUCUUGAGUUCAUGCUAAUGUGUUUCAUGUAUGUACUUUUGUGCUUGAGCCAAGGGUUUCUUUGAAACAGGCUCUCUACCCCUAAGUUGGGGCAAUGUCUGCGUACACACAUCCUCCCCAAACCCUACUUUUGUGGGAUUUUACUGGGCCUGUUGUUCUUGCUGCCAGUAUACAUGCCUUCAUGCAUGUUGAUUUUAUGCCUUCAACUUUAUUGCUUCUACUAUUUUCUGUACUUUUAUUGGUAUGAGACAUGCAUGUGAACACUUGGAUGUAUAAAAAGGUAACUUGUGGAGUUUAUGCUCUGCCUUUGGAUGAACAAUGCAAUGAUAGUAUGGUGGGUUCAAUUUAAAAACAAUCCACGGUAGUGUUUGAUUGGGGUUUUCACCUGUAUGGUUGUUCUUCCCCUGGGACAUCUGAGUAUCUGAGAUAUAAUAGGUAUGGAAAUGAACUUGACAAAUAAAAGCAAUGUAGGCAGAUAAUUUUUCUUCUUUGAAAGCCUGACUCUUGGGGGAAUUUUGAUCCAAUUCCAUAUUGAUAAUGUGAAUGACUAAAUUGAAGAGUGAUUAAGUAAGAUGUAAGACUACUUAUUAAUAUGAUUACCUUUCCUAAAAAAAAAUGAUUACCUUGAGUUUCUCGGGAUUGUUUGUGUUUUUUUUAAAUUUCCUUUUUACCUUCAAAGUUCGAUAGAUCAUAUUCUAAUGUAAUCAUGCAUUGCCACAAUAUGAAUCAAGCAUGCAUUGUCAUCUUACAUUCCUUGAAUACCACAUUACCCAAUAAGAGGUAAUGUGAUGAGUUAUAACAUAAGGUACUCUAAAAUAACCCAAAUCAAAUGUUUAUAUGUUGCUAUAUAGCAAUGAACCUUUUUUUUCUGCAUCAUUGUAUGCUAAAGAAAACAGUAUUGGAAUA